AUGACAGAUCUAGAAGAUGACGCAGCGAGAUCCGUGGCAUCUACAAGUGCUUUUACUGUCGAAGAACAUGAAACUGAAAGUCGGGCCCGUAGAAGCAGGAAGUCUAGCAAUGAAUAUCUAGAGAUGCGUGACUCUGAAAUUUUGGAAAUCGAGAAAGAGCGUCUAGAAGUAGAAAAGAAACGACUAUCUAUAGAAUCAAAACGUCUUGAAAUAGAACAGAGAAGACUCCAAAUUGAAGAAAAGCGGUUGCAGUUAGAAAUGAUGCAGAAAGCCUCUUACAAAUACCAAUGUGCGGACCAAAAUAGUUACGAUUUUGAAUCUAACGAACCCAUAUACACAACUCUCAAAGAUUUUCUAGUGUGA